AUGCCCCACGCCUUCAUGGACAGCGCCGUGCGGAUUUUACACGUCAACAAGUUGCUCGACGAACGAAACUACUUCCUGAUACGAGAAGUCGCCGCAACGAGCAUAGGACUGUUAUUAGGUGCAUUCCUUUUCGGCAAGAAGGGCGCUUUUGCGGGUGCAUUGAUGGGGGCUUUCAUCGUUUACGAGCCGGUCCCUAAUUACAGGAAACUUCUCGCCGGUGUGAAAGCUCUACCUGACGAGGAUAAAGAGACACUAGCCAGUAUUCUUCACGUCCAAUGUGGCUCGAAGAAUCUUGAAGAGUUCGCGAAAUUUUCCGAAGACGAGGAUAACGCCCGCGACAUUUUCUCGACGAUUGAGGAAUUUCUUCGAUUCAAGAACGCU